GAACGAUUUGUUGGUUUCAUCGCUGGAGUAAUGAUUUCUUUCGAGUCAGUGUAACGCUUUUGGAUUUUCAAAAACGUCUUUUUUCGUUGUAGCAAGGAUUCUUUCGUUUAUAUUAUAACGCUAGAAACAAAACAUAAAAUUGCAUGGGAGUAACGAACAGCUAAUCGCGACCAAUCACUACUUGAUCGUCUUCGAGAGGGAAACAUUCAAAGAAACGGAAAUUUGCUGAGCAACGGUUUUAAUCACAGAAGCUAAAAUUACAGAAGAGCUAGAAAAAUGCCGGAGGAUGGUCAGAGCGAGCUCACUUUCCAGACCGCCGACUUCGUCGUCUGGUCGUUCAUUCUCGCCUCCUCCGUCGGCAUCGGGAUCUACUACGCCUGCACGGGCGGUCGCCAGCAGAGCACCGAGGAGUUCCUGGUCGGGAAUCGGAACAUGAACCCGAUCCCGGUGGCGAUGUCGCUGGCGGUGAGCUUCGUUUCGGCUGUCAUGUUCUUGGGUAUGACCUCGGAGGCGUACGGGAAUGGAGUGAUGGUUUGGCUCCAGGGAGUCGGGAUCUUCAUCUCCGCCGUCAUCAUCAGUAUCUCAUUCCUACCCAUCUUCCAUAGACUAAAUGUUACCAGUGCAAAUGAGUAUCUCGAGCGCCGUUUCAACCGAACGUGUCGUCUGCUAGGCUCGGUUAUACUCAUCUUUAAUAUGUUCGUGUACAUGGGUGUGGUACUGUAUGCACCGUCUCUGGCAUUAAACCAAGUGGCCGGAUUAAACGUGUGGGGGUCCGUACUGACCGUGGGGCUAGCAUGUACUUUCUACACGACUAUUGGUGGAUUAAAAGCUGUAAUUUGGACGGAUGUUUUUCAAAUGUGCAUCAUGAUUUCUGGUCUUUUAGCCGUCAUCAUCAAGGGAUCCAGCGACCUAGGCGGUUUCUCGAAUGUUCUCCGUAUCGUUGACGAAGGAAAUAGACUAGACCUAUUCGAAUUUAGCACCGAUGUUACAGUCCGUCAUACUUUCUGGGGUCCUUAUCAUCUCUCCCUCCCCCCUUCCUCUCUAUUUAGCACCAAUGUUACAGUUCGUCAUACAUUCUGGGGUCUCACUAUUGGAUCCUCCUUCAUGUUUCUCUCAAUCUUUGGGAUUAACCAGGCUCAAGUCCAACGAUAUGUUUCAUGUCACACAGUCAAGAUUGCACGCAUAUCUCUAGCCCUGGGGACCGCCAUCAUGUUGUUCCUAUUCAGCAGCGCCGUGACUGCAGGCCUGGUGAUGUACGCCUAUUACGCUGAUUGUGACCCAAUCUCGAGCGGCGCUGUGGCGAAAAGAGACCAGAUGAUGCCAUAUUUUACCCUAGAUCUAUUUCAGAAGUAUCCUGGUUUACCCGGUCUCUUUCUAUCGGCUGUUUUCAGUGCAUCAUUAAGCACAAUUUCAUCUGGAUUGAAUGCCGUGGCAGCUGUGACGACGGAAGACCUCAUCAAACCUAUAUGGCCGGGACUAAGCGAUGAGCGAUACACACAAUUAUCAAAACUAAUGGCUUUGUCUUAUGGAAUUCUUACAAUUGGCUUUGCAUUCAUCGCCUCUUUUCUUGGUGAUAUCCUUAGUACGGUGCUGAAUUUCUUUAGUAUGUUCGGCGGUCCCACCCUAGGACUAUUCAGUGUUGGAAUGUUCUUCCCAUGGACAAAUUCAAAGGGGGCCUUUUGCGGAACUCUAAUCGGGCUGGUGUUCUCUUUCUGGAUUGGAAUAGGGGCACAGGUGUACCCCUCCCCUUACCCCGCCCCUCCUUUCUCGACUUCUGGGUGUGUCUUGUAUAAUGACACAUCAGAUCUCUACAACUCUAAUGACCUUGUGUCCAAUUUCACCAAGCCGACGCUAGAUGGCGCUACUACAGUCGAGUUGGCGGUGACAUCAGAAUAUCCCGCUCUAUCAGUUGACGAGAGACCUGCAAUUGCAGCUCUUUACAAGCUCGCCUAUACAUGGUAUGCCUCCGCAUCCUGGCUGGUUACUGUCUUUGCAGCUCUCCUCAUUAGCUUCCUAACAGGUGCUACGGACCCAAAGGAUAUUGAUCCUCGUUUGAUUUGCCCAGUGGUUGAUGUGAUGUACUGCUGCUUGCCCGAGAAGUGGAAGGUUCCAUUACGAUGUGGGGUGGGCGCGGACUUUAUCAAGGAAAUUGAGUACGAUGGCGUGAUCGAGAAAGAAACGAAAGCUAACCAGAACCUUGUAAAAAAUGGGAUACAGGUCGACCGAAAGCCCGAAGACGAGAUCAUCGAGGAGAUCGUGUAGAUGAAAAUGCGAUGUGCAAAUAUGUGACAUAGCGCCCCCUCUCGAUAUAGUUCAGGAUACUGAAACUACAUUGAUAU